CGAGUCGAAACCUUCUCGAACGGUCUGAUGCAAUCCGAGCCAAGGCAACUUCAGUUUCUUGGAAAUCAAAUUCGUUUUUCGUUUAGUAGACUGGUGUUGAGAAGCAUGAAUUAUCUACUUUAUCGAUGAUCAUGUUGAACACGACAGAACAAAAAGAAGAGUCACAGCACACAAUUUCUGCCUGCCCCUGGCCCUGCCGAACAGAAAAUCAUACCGGCCGCUCUAGUAUUUCCCCUCAGGAGGAGCACCAGCAGCACUACAACCGUGCAAAAGUUGUAUCGCACUCGUAGUAAUCGCAGUCAUGCAUUACAAAUCUCGAUCCCAAGGCAAAACAGCAUGACAAACUCCAUUUCUCAUGCUGACUGAAUUUGUCAUGCGAUUUCUACUAGAAGCACGAUACUUUUGCAAUGCAUAUCAAAAACUGUAUGUUGACGAAGUUGAACGGAGAAACCAGAAAGGAGAAAUUGUACGGGGACGUGAGCACCAACAUGCACAACCAGGGGCACUAGAUAUUAACUCUUGUAAACGAUAGACUAAACAACCGCCACGCCGUUGCCGGAACAAGAACGCCGUCACGAACAUCAGGAGCUGGUGCUCUACAAAUAUAUAUGACCUGUCAACGCAUAAGAGGAGCUACUUGUUUUCGCGGUCGCGCACCACUUUACUAUUACUCAGAUUCUGAACAAAAAAUGCCACUCGCCAAAUCGCUUAAAUUACGUGAUUUACCGUGGAGCUCCCUUUCGUAUCACACAUUCUUCAUCUUGCUUGGUUUUGCUAUAUACCAACUCCGACGCGGCUGAGGCUGACGCAGACUCAUCACAAAAUAAUAGCAGCUCUGCCAUCCAAGAAAAAAAAACGAAAUUAUAUAGCUGCAACCACACGCAAGCAGGUAUGCAUAUUUUUCAAUGAACACUCGUGAUUCAGAAUGGCGAAGCGGUAUUUAUCACUCAAGUUGCCUUUUUUCUGUCCGUGAGGAACUUUUCAUGGGUCAGAAAAUCUGCAGGUUUCACCUAUACUUCAUGCGCAUGAACGGCGGGAAGCCUGUUUCUACAAAUUUUUCCUUGGUUCACCCGACUGUAUUUACCCCUCUCACCUCAUCUGCGAAAAAAAUGAAUGAAAAAGCAUGAUCAUGCUCGCCGCGUGGUGCAACGAAAAUGCUGAGUAGUAAAAGGAGCACCCGCUCGUGCUGUUCUCCGUCGAAGCGGCGAGAUGUCGCUGUGAAAG